AUGACCGAACCUACACCUCAGGAGAAACUUCCCCAGACGCUCGCACUGAUCCGUGCCGCUAAGUCGCCGCCCCCUCCUAUUGCCUUGUCCGCUGUCAAGAAAGAGCUAAAAGCCUUCCUCGUGGAUAUCCACCAACGCGAAGAGGCACACCGGGACAACAAAGGCGAAACCCUGAAGAAGUGGGAAGCAAAGGCCGGGGUACUCGAGAAAAAGCGCAUUGCAGGUUUAGAUUCAAAUGCUGACGAGCACGACCACAUGCAUGCAGCUGGUGUACCUGGUCACAUCAUGAAGCUAUUCAGAGAAGAAGGUGUGGCUCUGGAGAGGGAUAUAGUGUUCUUUCAGAAGACGGUGCAACAAUUGAAGGAUCUGGGCUUUAGCAGCGAAGAUGUGAAGGAGGUCUUAUCUGGAAAGAUGGAUGAUGGUGGCGAGAAGGAUGACAAGGAGUGA